CACGUACACUCUUUACAAGUCACAUUAUUUUCUGAUACCAUUUUUAUUCUUCUUUGGCGAAUUCAAUACGACUUAUUGUUUGAACAGCUGCGGCGACGGCACUAAAACAUCUUCCUGGUUAGUUUCCCCAAAUUAAUGCCGUUCAAUCGAUCGACAUAUCAUGUUUUAUGUCAACAACAACAAAAAGGAGGAAUUGUUGAUGCGAUGCAAAUAACGAUUGCGAUUUAAGCAUGCCGAUGAGCAUAAUCGGCACCGUAGCUGCCAUAUCUGCAGCUACAGUUUUGUUUGUCGUUCCGCUGGUCAUGAAAUAUCAUGUCUACAAACCAAGUGUCAGGCCAGUGAUCGUGGGAGAUGUAAUAAAGAUUGAGAGGACGAUCUCGACUGUUUGGUGUCAGGGUGUCUUCCUGCAUUCUGAAGCACCCUUUCAGACUUUUGUGUACGAUACGGAACCGAUUGUGAUGGAGGAGGACAGAGAGAAGACGCUGUCAUCACAUCGCGUCGUGCUUCCAAACAGAGCUCACGAAUAUUGGGGUUUUCAUUUGCUGAAAGGAUCUAUCGUGGAGCUAUCGGCAUGUGCCAGGCUUAUCGGCGGUGACGUCACAGUAGUGAGAGGUCAUAAUGGAUUACAUCAGUGUCUUAAUGAACAUGAGAAGCAUCUCAAUGACGAGAAUAACAGCGGUGAAAUCUCUGAAUCGGAGUCAGACGAAGAUACAUCUUCGAUUUCUAGCAGUCAAGGUGCCGUCGUGAAUGACACAGAGAAUCUGUACGUGUGCAAGAAAUCCCUGGAGCACAGGGAACUUCCACCCUCUUACAGGUGCAGCCGUCUCUCACCAGAUUUCCCUACCCGCCACAUCCUCUCCCUCUAUGUCGAAGAGACAGAUUACUACUACUUCAUUUUUUCUUCCAAAACUUAUCUGGAAAUCAUUCCGAAUGAGUUCUUCAUCCAGUUCGGGCUGGAGAGAACUCACUAUGACUACGAAUCCAGCUUCGACAACUGUUCCAGUGGUUACGAGUGUAGCGUCCACCCCGGAAGCGAGCAGCACGUAGUUGUUCAGAUGGACAGAGCGAACAGCACCCUCAUGCAGAAAGAACUUCAGAUUUCUUGCGAACCCAGGGAAUGGUUUUUCUUCCUUUUCUAUGCAGGAUUCUUGCUGGUUAUAUUUCUUUGCGCCUUCCAGUGACACUUCUCUGGUUGUUUGACUCCUUUCUAGAUGGCAGCACCUUAAGAACGGACUCCAUUUAUAACGGCCUUAUCUCUUGAGUUCGAAUAUGAACUUGAGGGAAAUAUUUAAGGUGAAAGCGAAACAAUUGGGAGUCUCCGUUCAGCAUGAGUCGUCCAAUCUCUACCUCCGUGAGGAAUCUGGAGGGCAGAAAUAGGUAAUGUUGAUAAUAAUGUACUUCUGCUCAGUUUUCACUGAACAAAAUUCAACGGUACCACUUUCUAAACUGUUCGAACUCAACUUGUAAAAGGAGACUCUGUCAAUGUAUUAAAAAAAAAAAGAACUUCUAACCGAACAUAGGGAGAGUCAAUGGUAAUGGAAAAGAAAAAGAACAUUGAAGGGGAUCUAAACUCAUACAAUCAUCCCCGUCAGUCUGGUAACCGGUCGAUCAAUUGAAAUUCAAUGAUUCAUUUUCAAAGUCUGAAACUCAAUAAAAUGUUCAGAACAUUGUUCACAUAUUCACUGUGAAAUUGUUCAAGUGCUCACCAUGGAAAUUUCCACUCAUUGAAGAGAAUCAUCUUUCAAAUAAUUAGUUAAAUAACUAAAAAUAAAGUUCUUGUUGUGUUUUUAUUUUCUAUUAUAAAUAAUAUUAUUUGUUAUCAUAAUAAUACGAUUUAUUAUCAAAGAAUAAGUGAUAUUUAUUGAUACAAAUUUAAAGUAAAAUGCACAGUUAAAAUUUUGUAGUUUCAAUGUUAAACUAAGAUCUAUCUGUAACAACUAUAGGUCUAUAUGUGAGAAAUGGGGAAUGUGGAAUCUACAAUAUUUCGAUUGUCUCAGUUCAUGUAUAAUCUAAGACACUGCCAUCAGCUGUUUAAGUUCUUCGCAGACUGUUUUGGAAAAAUAUGAAGUAUUUUGUUUGACUUUAUUAAUUAUUAAUACAUUCUUUAAAAAUGGGUGAAAUUUUUAAUAAGUUCUAAUUCCGAAAAUUCCUUUGAGCAAUAAAAAUUUCCGCGUAAAACAAGUCCUGUUUUACUCUUUAACAAUUAAAAUUAAACCGUCAUAAAAGUUCUUUUAUUUUCAAUACUUCACGCCUUCUUUGUUUCGAUACUUUAUUUCAAAAGUUAUUGUAACAUCAAUUCUUUAUCAUAAUAUCAUUUAUUAUUUGUCAUUACUUUCAUUAAUACAUAGUGUUACAGCUAUACAUUAUUUUAAAAAUUUUGCAGUAUUAAUAAAUGACUUAUUAAAAACGAAA